AUGGUAAAAAUCGCAACUUUUCUCAAAAAACCGCGUUUUUUUGCAGUUGGUCCUGCUGAUCGGCGACUUUAACAUGCCGCACCGGUCGGCGAACAUUUCGCCGAAAUUCCGGAAACUUCUCGUUCCGAACAAGAUGCAGCACGUCCUGUGCACCGGAAAUUUGUGCUCCCGAGAGACUUUCGAUUAUCUCAGGUUUGUACGCUACUAUAAAAGCGAAAUUGUUCGGGAGAAAUGUGGAAAAAUUGCAGAACGCUGUCUUCGGACGUGCACGUCGUUCGCGGCGAAUUCGACGACGAAACACUCAAAUACCCGGACACGAAAGUGGUGACUGUGGGACAGUUCCGCAUCGGAGUCUGCCACGGACAUCAGAUCGUGCCCUGGGGCGAUCCGAGGGUCAGUUAUCAUGGGUCCCGCGGAAUUGUCCAUUAGAAAUAGGGGUUGAAUUACAUUUCGAGCAGAACUUUCAAUUUUCAAAAAAGGCCUGCAAAGCCUGGACUUUUGAACCACUUCUAAUAAUCCGAUGUUACCCAAACUCUGUGGGCUUCUUGGGCUUCGAUUGAAGUAUAUUGGGUCUAAGUUUCAGACCGAUCGGAUCAUUUUGACCGGAGAUAUAUCGAUUACAGACCGGAAGGGCCGAGAUUUGCAAAAACUGCGGUUAUUUCGGUCCCCAUAUAUCUUGGGACCAGAUAAUCCGAUCGGUCUGCAACUUGGACCCAAAAUACUUCAAUCCAAAUCCAUAAAGCCUGCAAAGUUUGGAUCCCAUCGGAUUAUUGCAAGUGGGGCAAAAGUCCAGGCCUCGACAGGCCUUCGGAAGAGUGCACUAAAAACGUCAUCCUAGAUGCAAACAUAGUCGAAUUUUCAGAUGCUGGAACUGCUUGCCCGCCAGCUGGACGUGGACAUUCUCGUGACGGGCAACUCGUACGAGUGCAGCGCCGUCGAGAAGAACGGCCGCUUCUUCGUGGACCCGGGCAGCGCGACGGGCUCGUUCAGCGUGACGAAGACCGACUCCGUGACGCCGUCGUUCGCCCUUCUGGACGUGCAAGCCGACAACGUCGUCACUUAUUUGUACCGUCUCGAGGAGGAGAAGGUCAAAGUGGACCGCGUCAUUUUCAAAAAGACCAAGAGCUCCGCUUGA